AUGCUACAGUAUGCCAAAGAACACAACAUCAUUCUUUUAUGCUUUCCUAGCCAUUGUACGCAUUACCUGCAACCACUCGACCGGUCGGUAUUUAAAUCGGUUAAAAGCGCAUUUUAUAAAAGCUGUCAGCUGUGGCUUAAACAACAUGCAGGAAGACUCAUCACUAGAUACCAAUUUGGAGAGCUCCUAUCGGAUUGUUGGGGUAAAUCUGCCACGCCGGAAAAUGCCACUUCAGGCUUUAGAGCUACCGGUAUCUACCCUUUUAAUCCGGACAUAAUCCCGGAUUAUGCAUUUUCCAUUGCCGAUCACGUAGAUGCUAAUGAAAUGUCAAGAAGGUGGAGUGCCACUUUUGCUGUCUGA